GUUCGGUUCGUUUGCUUAUCGGAAAGUGGGAAAUUCGGUUGGUUCUUGGCGCGGGUGGCGGCAAUCGGAAAACGCGGAAAACUCUGACCGCGCGCCCCUUUAGAGUUUUUCCAAACGCGAGUGGGCCAGUGGAUGUUGAAGUGCAGUUGCCAAGAAAAAUAACCAAUAAACGAGUAGGCGCAUCAGUCGUCAGUGUCCAAUGUGUUUAUGAUAAAACUCGAACGAAAUUGAAACGUAAUCGGGCGAAAGUUGGCUGCCAAAGGGAGGAAGCUAAGAGGAGCAGCCGCUUCAAAGGAAUCCAGUUCGGCAGCCAGCCAGCCAGUCAGUCACACAGUCAGUCAGUCAGUCAGUCGGCAGCAGUCGAGGUGAUUCCCCUUCCUGUAUGACUUCUGUCAACGAAAUGACAUGCAGCAUCUGUCUAUGUGGCCAGCGGGCCAGGACGUGAUGCUGUGCCGCUGUUAGAGAGGAAACCUCGAUGUUCCGAUGUCUCGCUGCCCCCGAUGAUGCUAUUUUUAUGAGGCCCCCAGACUACGAAGACGACGACGGAUGCGUGGCCCCAUGAAAAAUCAAUUAACACGCAAAAUUAUUAAAGACGAAAAACAAAGACGAAAACGAAAACGAACGGAGCGCGAGUGGUACUUUGGUACUUGGGGUUCCGGAUCUUCGAGUCCCAGUCCCAGUCCCCCAUCCUCCAAACCGAUCCGAUCCGAUCCCAUCCGAUCAUCCUUUCCAGCAGCCACACACCAUCUUCUCGCGUUUAUAACUUCAAAGCAGCUGCAACGGAAUGUCGCGCCUCCGUGGAUUAGGAUUCGGAUGGCUGUGGCUGGCAUGGCUGGCCAUAUUGCAAUUGCAAACUGUCGCAGCCAUGAAAGUUUCCCUCUUCGGCGAUGGCUACGUAUCGAUGCCGCUGCAGGAGGCCAAGAUGUCAACGAACAUCCGCGUCAAGUUUCGCACCAGGCAGGAGAACGCCUUCCUCUUCCUGGCCGCCGGACGGACCGACUACUGCCUGCUGCGCCUGGAGAGCGGUCUGAUCAGUUUCAGCUAUAAAAUCGAACGGGAUGUGGUGCAGUUGCGAUCGCCCAAAAAGCAAAAGCUCAACGACUUGGAAUGGCACGACGUGGCGGUGCAGCGGUUCGAGAAUAACAUCACCUUGCAGGUGGACGGCUACAUAAUGCGCAAACAGCUUCCAGGCGAUCUCGCCGCCCUCAAUAUCCACUUCGGAACAUUUCUGGGCGGCGUGGGGGACUUUACGGCCGAGUUCUUGGAUGGUGUCAUUGGUUUUCGGGGCUGCAUAUCGGAUGUCUUCUACAACAACAUCAACAUCAUCAAGCGCGCCAAGGACCGCACGAGCCACACCACCAGUACUGGCGUAUCCUGGACCUGCAGCACCGAGUUCGAUGGGUCCAGCCAGGAUAGCAUUAGUUUCAUGAGGAACGAUUCGUACUCACUGAUGAUGAAGGAAUCGCACGCUAUGGGAGAAACCCUUUCCUUGCAAUUCCGCACGAUGGCUAGUGCAGGCGUUAUUUUCUUCAACGGCGGCUUUGAUUUCAUACUCCUCGAAAUAGAGGAUCAGCACUUGAAGGUGACCUUCAACAAGGCCGGCAGUCUGGUGCAGUUCAUGACAAAUGAGCACAUAUCCGAUGGCAAAUGGCAUCGGGUCUUGUUGCGCUACAACGCCGCCAUUGCGGAGCUAGUCCUCGACGAUGCCACGAGCGGCUAUCGGGGCACUCACGCUAAUGAGACCAAGGCGAGCAUAAAUCUCGAGAAGAGCGUCUUCUUUGGCGGCGUCCAGGAGGAGAUGCGCCGCCGGCUCAUCAGCAAGGGACUGCGGAUAAACGAGAUUAGCUUCAAGGGCUGCAUGCGCGACAUCCGGGUCAACGAUCUUCCACUGGGCUUCUCCGAGAUGGCCAUCUCUCGCAGUCUGGCCCUCAACUGCCUGUGGAAGUACCCGUGCGUGGAGUUCAAUCCCUGCCUGAAGAGCGGAAUCUGCAGUCAGCACGGAGUGGACGGCUUCAUCUGCUACUGCGACCAGUCCUACUGCAUCAAGGCCGAUUUCCAAGGACCCUUUAAGAUCUUCACCGAAACGAGUCCAGAGCUGGAGCUCCUCUAUGUCUCCCCCAUGCAGCUUUUAGAAGGUGGAACUGCCUUUCUAUCGCCCCAUUUCAUAGACAUCAUACUCGAUCUACGACGCUAUCCAAGUCUGAACGAGCAAUCCAUUAUUUUCCACGUGGUACAUCAGCCGAAAUAUGGACAACUCCUGCAGUACUCAGCUGAAAAGGCCAUAUUUGUGCCCUGCCGCACAUUUAACUUAGUUGAUUUGGCCACAGAUAAAUUGAAGUAUGUGCACAGUGGACAAGAGAACUUCAAUGAUCACGCCACAUUGGAUAUGCAGAUCUUUGGAGAUGUGCACAAGAUACCGGAGAAUAUAUUGGGCAAACAUAGGUUUCUUUUACACGCCAAUAUAACGCCCAUAAACGAUCCACCGCAAUUAAGACUGCAUUCGCAUAAAAUCCUGCGAGUGAUCGAGGGAAUUGAAAGGGUACUAGACGUGGACUUAUUCAACAUCGACGAUCCGGACAGCGAGCCUGGGAAUCUGAUCUACACCAUAUUGCCGACUCAGAGUCCACAGGAGACCUUUGGUUGUUUUAUGGUCGGAGGUGCGACCACUUCAGCCUUCUCCCAGGCCGAAGUGAAUGUGGGAAAAGUAUCGUACCUGUACAACUCCACCACAGCGGAGUCCUUUAGCUAUGAACUGCAACUGCAAGUAUCCGACGGCAUCGAGACGAGUGAGACUGUUUAUCUGCCAGUUUCGGUGCAUCCGUUGGAGCUGCGAUUAGUCAAUAACACGGGCCUCAUAAUGAUCCACAAGAGCUCCUUGCCAAUCACUCCCGCUAAUCUGUCGAUUGGCACCAACGCUGUAGAUGACCACAUCGACAUUCGCUACGAUAUUGUAAAGGCCCCACAGCAUGGAGCUCUCCAGCGGCUGCGGCAGAUUGAUGGGUCCUGGGUGAACGUGGACUGGUUCAGCGACAGCCAGCUGCUCCUUGGCCACAUUCGCUAUUUGCACAGCAGCGAUUUCCCCUGGCAAGACGAAUUCAAGUUUAUUGCCUCGUUCGGCUUUGUGACCACGCAAACGUUCGACUUCCGCAUCACAUUCACGCGCCUGCGCAUAACGAGCACCAGACCCUCGCAGAUAGCGAUCAAUGGCAGCCGGGAGAUUCUGCUGACCAGCGAUAUACUCUCCUACGAGACCACGCCCAUCGGGAGCUUUUCGCGCAGCGUGAUCUACAAGAUAACGAAGCCCACUCGAUACGGGGGCAUCUAUGUGGAGGGCUCGCGGAAGGCGGCCAAGAAGCUGGACUCCUUCACCCAACAGGACAUAGAGAAGCGCAGAAUCCGAUAUCAAACACAUCACACCAGCUACUCCAGCUUCAGUGAUCACCUGGAGUUUGUGGUGUCCGUUGCAGAAUGCGAUGAUGUGACGGGAGCUCUGGAGAUUAGCUACAGACCCCCCGAUGAGCUAAUCAGCAAGCUGGGCUAUCAAAACCACGAGGCUCUGCAGGUGCAGGAGGGAGAAAGGGCUCUCAUCACCAAGAAUCAUUUUGGGAUACGCUUUAACAUCUACGAAAGUCUGCAGUUUCAGGUUUCAUCGAGCCCGGAACACGGUGUUAUAUGCAAAUACAAUGAACAGACGGGGCUCACCACCCCAGUGGAAAUGUUUACCCUGGAACAACUGUUUCGAAAUGAUAUAUACUACUGCCACGACGACACCGAAUCCACGAGGGACACAUUUGAGUUGCUCAUACUCUCGGAAAACGAAACUGAUCUUCAGUUUGUCUCCAACAUGGAAGUGCACAUAAAACUAGUGAACGACAAUGAGCCUUAUCGCACGGCCAUCGAGCGCGUGUUCCAUGUGGUCAGGAACGGCAUAAGGACCCUCAAUCCAUCAGUACUUCAGUAUCUGGAUGCUGACGUCAACACCAAUCACACAGAUAUCCACUAUAUCCACGUGUAUAGCAACAAUGGAGCUUUUUACAAGAGUGGCCACUACAUCGAUAGCUUCACUCAGGACGACAUAGCAAACAGGAGGAUUAUGUUCCAGCAUACGGGUGCUGACUCUGGAACGGCGGCAUUUAUAGUCACCGAUCGUGAGCAUGAGGUUAAUGGUUUGCUGGAGAUCCGUGCCUCAGAUCCCUUCGUCUCCAUGAUGGCAACCAAUGCAUCCAUAGUUCAGGAGGGUAAAUUUGUCGUCCUCAAGAACAAAGACUUUAUUUUGGAAACAAACUUGGAUAUGAAAUUGGAUGAAAUCUACUACGAAGUGAUCAAGCCCCCUUCGUAUGGCAUACUCAUGUACUUGAGCAGGGCAAAUGAGGGAGAGAACGGUACUACCAUCUAUAAGGCAACAAAUUAUACGUCCCUGAGUAAUUUUACCCACUUGGAUAUUGAACGGGAGAGAUUGGUCUACUGGAAUACGGAGAUCGCCUCGAUGGAUAAAGUUAGAUAUCGGGUACAUAUCAAGAACAUUACUGCUGAGGGAGAGGUCAUGUUCCGGAUUUAUCCAUCUGCGUAUUGGGAACCCCUGCAGGUGAAGCAGAACCACACGCUUUACGUGGAGGAAUCCACAAGUGUACUAAUCUCCAGAGAUGUUUUAGAGGUGGUUCAUCCUAAUAUUUCGCCCGGAGACAUUACUUUUCUAGUAACAUCUUCUCCCAUGCAUGGUUAUCUGGAAAUGCAGUCCAUGUCUUUCGAUGAUGAAUACAACUGCAAGGUGUUCGAUCAGUCCUCUGUGAACACUGAAAAGAUGUUUUAUAUUCAAGCAGGAGUUAACCAAUCCACAGAUUACUUUGUGUUCGAUGUUACCAAUGGCAUUACGUGGCUACGGCAACUGAUGAUAAAGAUUGUGAUCAUACCAGAAAAGCUGUAUAUGCACUCAAAUAUUAUUUCAGUUGUAGAGGGAAAGACUGUCCAGCUGAACCCCACGGAUAUACAGCCUUAUUCCGAAUACUAUCGGGGAAAGAUUCUGGAGUACAUGGUGACCAUUACUCCGAGUUCCGGUCACGUUUUGGCUGGGAGUUCAAAGGUGAAGAGGUUCACUCAAAAACAACUCGAGCAGGGUAGCAUACAGUAUGUGCACAAUGGCAGCGAAAACGCCACCGAUAGCCUUACUUUGGUGGCCAUGGCCAGGAACAAGGAAAGUGUUCCUUUCGAGCUGGAGUUCGCCGUGGUCCAAGUGAACGAUGAGGAGCCCAUGAUGGUCACCAAUACGGGUCUGCAGGUGUGGAACGGCGGACGCUAUGUCAUCAAGAAUACUGACCUGUUGGCUCAAGACUACGACACUCCCCCGGAGAAUCUCACUUUUGUGGUGCAUCACAUAUACGGCGGUUACUUGGCCAGAAAUUCCGCACCUCACCAAAAAAUCGAACAAUUUACCCAGGCUGAAAUAAACCGCGAAGAAAUAUAUUUCAUGCACGACUCCAACUCCAGGAGAAACGAGCUAUCCUUCGUGGUAACAGAUGGGCUAUUUAACACCACCACUCAGAUGCUGAAUAUUGAAAUUAAGCCAAUAGAAAUUCUGGCCGACCACAAUGAAAAUCUGCAUGUCUUUCCCCUAACCAAGAAGCAAAUUCUGCGAGACUACUUGCACUUCAAAUGUUCCGACGAGGAGCGAGAGAUCAGAUACAACAUUACAGUUCCUCCAAGUCUGGGUCGCAUAGUGAAUGAGUAUAUAGACAACGGUUUCACCAAGGAAGUCAGUGAAUUUACCCAAAACGAUGUGGAUAAUGGCUAUAUAUUCUACGAACACACAGCUGUAAUCAUGGAGUUCAGAACAAAUGAUUCAUUUUACUUCGAUGUGGUUGCUGAAAGAAGCGAUCGUCUAUUGAAUCAGAAGUUCAACAUUGAGAUAUCGGUUUCCUCCGGAGGCUUACUCAGAUUUCUACCAGUUAAUAAGCUCAACGUAGACGAAGGUGGUUCGGUGCCGAUUAGGCUGGAUUUCUCAAAGAUUCUGGAGUAUCUGAAAACCAAAGCUGGCAUAAAUAAUCCGGAGUUGUUCAUAGAAGCCAUCCAAAAACCCACACACGGCACUAUUGGUCUGGGUCAUGAUUUCAAGCACAUGCAAAGAUACCACCCAAGCGAUUUCUUUACCAAGAAGGUCUACUACAUACACGAUCAUUCGGACACUUUGGAGGAUACCAUACUCAUGUCGGUUUACCUGACACAAGGGAACAUUUUUCUGUGCAAUCUGACAAUUCCCGUUUCCAUCAACCCCAUUAACGAUCAACCCUUCCAUUUGGUUACCCACCUGCCACAAAUGACAGUCGUCGAGGGCGAGAAUCGCACUAUAACCAGAAAUGAUUUACUAACCGAGGAUGCGGAUACACCUCCCGAAGAAAUUAUAUACGAUGUGAUGAGUGGUCCCACAUUGGGGGUACUUAAAAAGAUCACAAACGAUGGGCACCCUGAGGAUCUAUUGUCCUUCUCCAAUCAGUUUACCCAAGCGGACAUCAACAACGAUCGAAUUAUUUACGUGCACUUCGGAAUGCCACAGUCCACGACAUUUUGCUUCACUGUAUCCGACGGGCAAUCCAAUCCUGCAUACGAAAUAUUUACCAUUAAAAUAGAUUCUAUAAAUCUGAAACCGUCAGCAAUCCAAGCGCCAGUAAAGGUUCAGCAAGGAGCUACUUCUACUAUUAUGAGAUUGGAUCACAUCGGAGUGUCCACAAAUGUGCACAUGGAGAGGUUGUAUUACAAUGUCACAAACUCGCCGAUGUAUGGUAUUCUGGUUUACAAUCAUCAAGUAACUUUGGGCUUCACGCAGCAGAAGUUGCAAACGUCGCAGAUAAGCUAUAUGCAAACGACCCUGGACAGGUCGAAUGACUCCUUCCAGAUCAGUGCCUCUGUUCCGGGCACCAACUACGUUGCUCGUGUGGAUGUGGUGAUGGAGGUGGAGCCUGUGAUACAAAUCAAUGACAUAGUAAUGAAGGAUGCUGAAUCCUCUGGAGGUAAAAUAAAGCUAAUGACCUCUUUGGACAACGAUAAUCCUCUGUCGUUGACGCUCAACCAAUUCAACCCCAAGUUUGUGAUCACCAGGAUGCCAUCCACUGGGCAAAUCAGAAAGAUAAUUCGAAGCACUGGACUGACAACCGAUGGCCUGAGCGAUAGAUCCACAAACUUAUUCUCCUAUAAAGAGCUUCGGAGUGGCGUGGUCUACUUUGUGCCCCAUAAUUCUGUCGAGGAAACAGAAGCUGAUAAUGAUAGUUUCGAUUAUCAACUGCUCAUUAAAACAGUUCAGCCGGCUCAGGCCACCGUCUCGAUUGAGUAUAGAAGUCGCGUGGAGGAAACCGAAACGGUUCAUUUGGGCAGUGCAGGAUUAUCCAUAAACUACUUAGCGAUAGGAUGUGCCAUAUUUAUCCUGCUGAUCUGCCUGCUUAUCGUGCUGUUGAUAUUGAAAAUCAGGAAACUGAGGAAGCACAAGGCAGACAUAUCCAAGGAUCAGCCGCCGGCGCUGCCGUGUCCACCAGACUUGACUUCUGUGAGUCCGCAGCACCACCUGCACCAUCAUCAUGGCCACCAUUACGCAAGUUCCGAGGCGGACUCAGUGCCGGCAACCGGAAAUUCAACACCGUUGCCGGGCUUCAGCAAUAUUCCCCAUUGCAAGAUAAUACCCGUGGAGUCGUAUAAGCAUGAGUAUCCCGAUUACGAUCCCGACGAGGAGGAGACGGACGAUCAGUGCGAUCCGCAGCAAAUGAUGCUGCCUCAGAGGUAUAAUCCCUACCACCUGGAGCACGAUGCCUGGAGUUCGUCCUGCGAUAUGGCGAAUGACUUUGCGGGCUAUGCCUCUGUGCCGCAAAGUAUUUCCGGAUCGGUCAGCUCACCGCCCUCGGCCCCGCCCACAAAUCCACUACUUAGGCGGAAUCAGUAUUGGGUGUAGGGUGUAGCCGGAAGCUCUGCAAUAAAGGGAUCUAUAUAAGUGUGUCCAAUUCGAUCGGAGUUAGUCCUAUGUUAUUUAUUUAAGUAUAAGCUUACGUUUAAGGCUGAUUUAUGAGAUUCGUUGUGAGAAGUGAAGCAUUUUAUACAAGAAAACAAUAAUUAUA